AUGAGUGCCGGAAACUCACUGCUGCCGCGAGGCGGUUACGAGCUCACACCCGAGCAACAACUCGCUAAAGAAAUCGCCGAAACCACCAACGGAAACCUCUCCAAGUACCUCAUGAUCGUCUGUGGUGCUGUCUCUGCUGCUGUUAUCGUCUGGAAGGUCUGCGAGCGAAUUAUCCGACUUACUCGACAUGUUUCUUGCUUGAACAACGACAAGCAGCGCUACUUCGCUAUCCCCAACCAGAAGUUUGCGGCCCUGAAGCGCCACCUUCUUUACGCUCCCGUCUUCAGCAAGCGCCACAACCGCGAAAUCCAGCUAAGCAAGGCCAUCAACGUUGGAACUCUGCCCACCCGUUUCCAACUGCUUUUCCUCGUGUCCUACUUUGUCUCCAAUGUCGUCUGGUGCGUUAUCGACAUCGAUUAUUCCGCUGAUAUGGCCACCGCCUGCGGUGUCAUUCGCAACCGCACUGGUGUCCUCUCAACUGUCAAUAUGGUCCCUCUCUUCCUUCUGGCUGGACGAAACAACCCUCUCAUCCCCCUCUUGAACAUCUCCUUUGACACCUACAACCUAAUCCACCGUUGGUUUGGCCGUAUUGUCAUUCUUGAGGCUCUCGCUCAUACCCUUGCCCACUAUGGUAAGAACGGUUGGGUCUUCACCCCUCCUGCGGGCAACUUUAUCCUUCCCGGCUUUGUUGCCACAUGCUCCUUUGUCUUCCUCGGCAUCCAGGCCUCCAGUCCUCUUCGCCAUGCCUUUUAUGAGAUCUUCAAGGCUCUUCACAUCCUCGCUGCCACCGCCGCCGUUGUGGGAUUGUACUAUCACUUGUCCGCAUCCCCUGGUCUGUUCAAGUGGCUCUGCUACGUUUAUGCUGUGAUCGCUCUCUGGAGUUUCGAUCGCACCUAUCGUAUUUGGCGUGUCAUUCGCUCCCACGUUGGAGGUUCGCGCUCCCGAACCAUUGUCGAAGCCCUCCCCGGAAAUGCCGUCCGAUUGACCAUGACUCUGGCUCGCCCAUGGAACGCCGCCCCUGGACAACACGCCUAUCUCUACAUGCCCGCUAUCAGCUACUGGCAAUCUCACCCCUUCUCCGUCGCCUGGUACGACGGCGUCGAGGAUGUUAAGAGCGACCGAUUAGCCACGACUAACCAAGAUCUUCUGGCCAUGCAACAACAACGGGUUUCUUUCAUCAUCCGGGGCAGAACCGGCAUGACUGAUAGCCUCUACAAGAAGGCAAUCGCUGCCCCUGGAGGUCGUUUCGAGACAAGCUGCUUCGCCGAGGGCCCUUAUGGUGGACACCACUCUUUCGACUCUUACGGUACUGUGGUUCUCUUCGCUGGAGGUGUCGGCAUCACUCACCCCGUCCCCUAUAUCAAGCAUCUUGUUGAGGGCUACUCCGAGGGUACUGUCGCAACUCGAAGGAUCUUGUUAGUCUGGACCAUUCAGACUCCCGAGCAUCUGGAGUGGAUUCGCCCCUGGAUGACUGAGAUUUUGGGCAUGGACAAGAGAAGGGAUGUUCUCCGAAUCAUGCUCUUUGUCAGCCAGCCUCGCUCCACCAAAGAAAUCCACAGUCCCUCGUCAACUGUCCAGAUGUUCCCUGGGCGACCCAACAUCAACACUCUCUUGGGUAUGGAGCAAGAGCACCAGGUUGGUGCCAUGGCUGUUACAGUAUGUGGCCCUGGUGCUCUUAGUGACGAGGUUCGCCUGGCUGUUCGAAACCGCCAGGACCGAUCCCACAUCGAUUUCAUCGAGGAGGCGUUCACGUGGUGA